AUGGCGGAGUACGAUCUAACGAAGCGAAUGGCCCCUUUCUUUGAUUUACAUCUGAUAAUUCCUUUAUUGGAGUUUAUUGAACCAAGAAAGAUUUAUGAUGAUGCGUCGCUUGUGGAAAUGCAUCGUCAUGUCCUCAUGAAAACAAAUAUGAUUGACAGCCUGACAGAAACUUAUCAGGGUACUCCAAUUCCGAAAGAGCUGGAGACAAAGAGGGCCGAAGUUCUAAAGGAGAGGGACAUCCUCAAGGCUAAGGUAAUGCACCUAGGCAGUUCAGUACAUCAUCCUUCAACUCAAUAUCUUAUUCAACGGGAAGCACUUAGUCCGAUAAUUGAAAAACCGCACUCGAUAUCCCUCAAGCGAGGGAUUCCUGUCGAAGUGGAUCCAGUAAUAGAGAUACUUGAACUCGACGAUGUCAAGGAGUUGAUGGAAAGCACUCGCGACAGAGAUGGAAAUAACAAAAUACUCGAUUUUCUGCAGCAGAAUCACAACCCGCGAAGAUGCGUUUCAAAAACAUUAUUUUUGAAGGUGGAUCCAGUAAUAGAGAUACUUGAACUCGAUGAUGUCAAGGAGUUGAUGGAAAGCACUCGCGAUAGAGAUGGAAAUAACAAAAUACUCGAUUUUCUGCAGCAGAAUCACAACUUCCAACUUGAUAUGGUAGACGCUCUCUUCAAAUACGCUAAGUUUAUGUAUGAAUGCGGCAACUACACUGCAGCAUCGGUUUGCCUCUACUAUUAUCGCAAUCUAGUGCCACAAGCUGAUCCCAACUACCUCAAUGCUCUUUAUGGAAAGCUGGCUAGCGAAAUAUUACUACAGGUUUGUAUUUUGUGA